UGGUGGCGGAGGGCGGCCUCGGGCCGGCAGGGUGGACAGGCGUGGACUAGCGAGCGAGCUGGCCCGGAGGGAGGACCGGCCAGAAGGGAGAGCGACUCGGUGCGCUGGGCUGUGACCGCGCGCGGCCUGGCCGGGCGGACCUCGUGGCUGAGCGCCCGCGCCCUCGCGCGCGCACACACGGCCCGGCCCCCGCUUCCACUUUCAUUUCGUCGGCUGUCCCUGUCCCGGCCUGUCACUGCCCGGAGGCGACUCGGCCCGAAGACAAGCUGGCCACAGCCCUCGGCCCGGGCUGGGGUCCGAGGCUCCGAGCUGCGGAAGUCGGAGCAGGGCAUCCUGAGGGUCCUGCCCCUGAACACCCAGUCUGGCCAUGGCGCUGUGCCUGAAACAAGUGUUUGCCAAAGACAAGACAUUCCGGCCGCGCAAGCGCUUUGAGCCAGGCACCCAACGCUUUGAGCUUUACAAAAAGGCACAGGCUUCGCUGAAGUCGGGCCUGGACCUGCGCAGUGUGGUGCGGCUGCCUCCCGGCGAGAAUAUCGAUGACUGGAUCGCGGUGCACGUGGUGGACUUCUUUAACCGCAUCAACCUCAUCUACGGCACCAUGGCCGAGCGCUGCAGCGAGACCAGCUGCCCAGUCAUGGCUGGCGGACCCCGCUAUGAAUACCGCUGGCAGGAUGAGCGCCAGUACCGGCGGCCGGCCAAGCUCUCUGCGCCGCGCUACAUGGCUUUGCUCAUGGACUGGAUUGAGGCUCUAAUCAAUGAUGAGGACGUCUUUCCCACGCGUGUCGGUGUUCCCUUCCCCAAGAACUUCCAGCAGGUCUGCACCAAGAUUCUGACCCGCCUCUUCCGUGUCUUUGUCCAUGUCUACAUUCACCACUUUGACAGCAUCCUCAGCAUGGGGGCGGAGGCCCACGUGAACACCUGCUACAAGCACUUCUACUACUUCAUCCGUGAGUUCAGCCUGGUGGACCAGCGGGAGCUGGAGCCGCUGCGGGAGAUGACUGAGAGGAUCUGUCAUUGAGCCGGGCCUGGACAUGUGCCCAUCAGAUGGACGUCUGAACGCAGACUGGUGGGGGAGGGGACACCCGGGAGUCUGGCGGCAGAGGAGUCAGAAGGCCUGGGGUCCUCCAUGAGGCCAAAGCCCCUGGACUUCUGGAGGUCAGAGUCUGCCCACAUAUCCCCCUGACUGUGACUGAGGAAGGUGGGCAAAGAGAGAAAAGGAGACACUAAGCCUCUGGCAUGAAAUUGGGGAGUAGGGUUGGCCGGAGGAUUUCUUGCCACAUACUUGGCCCUUCCAUGGUGCUUCCCAUGGGGAACCAUGCAUGUGGCUGAAGUGAUGGCAAGAAAGUGCAAGAGAGCAAGCAACCUGGGUGUGAGUGUAUGAGAGAUUUUAAUGAUGGGGUCUAACUGAGAGGUAACUGCUUUUUGACCCACCCUGGUACAUAGUGGCCCCCUCAUAAGCACUGGAUAGAGGGAUAGGUAGAAGGAAGGAUGAGUGGAUGGAUGGAUGAGUGGGUGGACAGGUGGAUGGAUGGACUGGUGAAUGGACAAUGGGUGAGUACAUGGAAGGAUGGAGGUGAGUGGAUGGAUGGAUUAGGACCAUCAGACCAAGACCUCUGUGUAAUGACAGGUCAGCAGUGCUCCCUGCUCAGUGUAUAUGAUAAUUGUGCAAGAGCCUGAGAUAUGGUGUAGAUGCAGCUCUACAUUUGAACCUGUAGUAACCUGAGGGAAGCUAAGAGGGGGAGCCUGGCCUGACCACCACAGAGGUUCUGAUUUGUUCAGCCAGAAGUGCCCCUGGGCCAUUUUUUCAUUCAUCCCUAUGACUUCAGAAGGGCCUGACUCUAGACUGCCUUCUGGGAGCUGGGGAUGAUCCUUUGGGUCUACCAGGGCACCCUGGCCCUUACACUGGGAAUUGCAGACACCAGUAUAGCUUCCCAGAUCUAGGAACCUGACUCCCAGGCUCUAAAGGUCAGCAUAAACUCAAACUGGCAACUCUGGAGUCUUCUCUCCUGUGCCAGGGCCCUGAGGACCACGCAGCUGGUGAAAGGACUGGUGCAGGUGUGCAGUACCUGCCUUAUUCCCAGCUACCCUUGAGACAUCCCAGCUAUUCACAGAGACUGGGAUGUUCUUUCAGCAACCCCUUGCUCAGUACCUCCAUGCCCAGACCCUCAGUGGGGCAGCAGAGCAGGAACAGGGUACUGGUCAUCUCAACACAAGGAGGCCAGGAUGGAGAGUCAGAAGGGAGCUGAGACUUCCAGCCUCAGCAGCUCAGCAUUCAUAAGAGAAGAGGAGGAAAAUGCCUCAAAGGGAGGCUAUUGGGAGACUGAAGGAGAAACUGGGCAUCCUGAUGCCCACCCCAGGGUCUGAGGAUUGCUAUGGAGAUGCCUACAGAAAGAAGGUUUGCCAUGGAAAGAAGGGCCCUCUCCAGAAGUGUGCCUGCUUUGAGCCUCUCAGGCUGCCUGGAGUUGGCUGCUGAGCCAAGCCUUCACAGUCACGCCCUUCUCAAUGGCUUAGGAGCUACCUGUCCUCUGGGGAAACACAUGGAGCUCCAGGACCGGCUGGUGGGGCUACGGUCUGCUCCCACCACAGAAGCUCCCAAAAGAAACCCGUUGGAGCUUCCCCAGGGAGGACUGUGGCUUCCAAGAUGAAUUCCAGGCCACCGUAGGGCUGAUUGUGAGAAGUGAGGAGGAGAAAUCUAUUUUUGUGAAACAGACGAAAGACUUUAUUGUUGUUAUUUUUUGGUAAAAUAAAAGAGGUGAACGAAAGCA